AUGAACGAAGACGAAGGUCAAUGUGAACAGCCAAUCCCUGAGGAGCCCGACUCCCUGGAGGAAACGACAGGAGACUCAAAGAAGGGUCACAUGAUGGAGGUACUGAGUAGGGAUGGGGGUUUUAAAUAAUUUCACUAUUUGAAUAGUAUCAUGAAUUAUUUUCAGAUAUCUUGUGUUGUUUAGUAUUCUUUUUUUUUUUUUUUUUUACGUAGCUAAGUUUUUUACCUGAGCACUCCUGCUUGAGGUAGAGAGGCUGGCGCGCAUUCAGACCCUUCUCCUCUAUUGCUGCAGCUUCGGAGGGCGGUGUGUGUAGCGAGCAGACUGAGGGAGAGCGAGAGAGACGCCAAGGCAACUCGGUUACAGCCAAGACCAUCUAACUUGUAGCAGCCACAAUGUUAUUUAUCAUCCCAUAUAACAUUGCUUGUCUUAACUGGAGUAGCCUAUAGAAGCUAGCUAGCUAGGCUAUUUGAGACCACAAGCUGUGCUUUCUUCCCAACCCCAUUCAGAUAAAACAACAGCUUACCUGUUGGUUGCUCGUUGUAUCCUACUCCUUCUCAUUUCGCUGACUUUUAAUUCCGUAAUUGUAUCCCAUCUUGCAUUGCAUUAGUGAACUCUCACUCCACUUGCUACACAUUGAGCCUAUUUGCCGCUUUGAUUGGCCAACAUAACAAGCGGCACACGUGAAGGCUACCAGUCUUUUUUAUGGGGCGCACUGUGCAUACAAACCCUAUUGAAGAGUUUGUUGUUUUAUUAAAUUAAUAAUUUGAAAUGUCAUGGUAUAUCCUUGUAUGUAAGAAAGUCACAUUUAUAUUUUAAUUUAAUUUAGAAAAAGCCUUUUCAGUGUUAAAAUCAGGUAGAAAUGUAUUGCAAAAAUGAAUACUCACAAGUAUUCUAAUACAAACGUCCGUUCGGAUAUUCAAAUAACCGUGCACAUCCCUAGUACUGAGCCCUGAAGUCACUCACUCUCCCAGCAGUCCCCAGAUAUCAAUUAUUCAGGAAGACAGGAGACGUGGAGCAGAGUAACACAAGACUGUUUUAUCAGUUACAUUGUAUUUGUUUUGGGCUCCACAGUAUUCAUAGAGAGCCUGUCCAGACAGGGCAUAUCAGUUUUAACACAAUUGCUCGUAUACUGACACUUCAGAAGCAGAAAUAUGCAAUUUUCCCUCUCAUUAAAUAAAUACUCAUUGCCUCAGAACACACUGGGUAUGGGUGUAUUCUAGGCAUUGCUUAUUUGAAAUACACAUUUCAUGUAUUUCCACAUUGUGUUUAUUUGAUGUUUUGAUGAGAAUUGAAUGUUUAGGGCAUGUUAGUGCCAACCUCCCUGCAUGAUGUGUGUUUUCAGCUGUGUGUUAAUUUUUUUUAUUUGUGUUUUACUGCUCUCAUGAAAUGCUUGGAAUAUGCAUGUCUUGAAUGGUAUGUGUGUGAUUGUGUCGGUACAGCCCCCAGCAGACAGUGUUCAAGACUCGGGGCAGUGUGUCAACACACCCUGUGAGGACACGCCUCCCCCCAUACCAGCCCCAACCCCUACCCUUUACCUUACCCAAGACCCAGACCCUACGAUAUUCCCAGCCAUAGCCCUACCAGUCCCUGCCCUAGCUCUCCCUCCGUCCCUAGACCCGGCCCAGACGGACGGGCCCUGUGCUCUGGGGGACAAGGGGGCUGCGGGGGGCGCGUCACAGGGCACUGCAACAUCUGCUCCAGGACAGGCUGAGGCUCCCAUGGCAGCGGUGAAACUGGAGAGUGUGCUGGACCCUAAAGAGCUUUCCACUGUGAGUGCUGAGAGAUGGAGGAGCAGAGGGAGGGGAGGGCUCAGGGCAGGGGGGUCAUGGAUUCCCGUGGGCCUUCAGCGCCUAAACAAAGUCAUUUUACAGAUCCUCCAGCCACAAUGUGCUAACAUGACAGGCGGCACAGCCCCCUCAGAACAGCCCUGUGCCAGGUAGGCAGGACAGUUUGUGUGUGGGUGUUGGUGGUUGGCUGUGAGAGGAUGUCCAUGGGGCUCCUGUUGUGAGAACUCAGAAAGCAGUGUCUGUCAUGUUUGUUGCUGGUACUCCUGAAGUGGCUGGCCCAGUUGUUAUGCUGUGUUAAGGAAGUGGACACUAAUCAAAACUUGACUGUGGCAGGGUGUCCAGUUCAGGGACAGGUUCAGCCCAAAGGGCCAGGGGUCAAGGCAUGUGUACAAUGGCCUUGUCAGGUGUUAGUUUGUUUUCUGUAACUAGUCUCCACUGUGCAUUAAGUGAUCAGCAACCGUCCUGUGUCAGGUUUAUUACUGCCUCGUUUGGCAUCAUAAGUAGUCUCUCUGGAGUUAAUCGGGGAGAUCCUCCUUCACUAGCAGGGCUACUGUCAUAGAUACCUCCACAGCACUUUAACCUCUUAUGAAGGCCAUUCAUUAUACCUAGAAAUGGAGGUCUUUUAAAUGGUCUACAGGGAAAGUUAUCUAAGCUCUGAUCAAACACAGGCAGACCUGGUCUUAGUGCUGGGCCAGGCCAGACACCUAUUUGGGUGGCUCAGAUAAGCCCAGUGCUGUUUAGACUGCACUGCUGGCCCCUAGUUAGAGAGAAACUGCCUCAGUGGUGAGAGAAACCUCUCCCUCAUUAAGUUAGACUGGAGCUCUGGUCUCUCUGGACUGGAGUGCUGCUAACUGUCUGUCCUCCCUGAUAGUAAUUGGAUGGCAGUUAGCCUAGCGGUUAGAGUAUAACUGAAAGGUCGCUGGUUCGAAUCCCUGAGCCGACAAGGUGAAAAAAUGUCUGUGCCCUUGAGCAAGGCACUUAACCCUAAUUGCUAUUGUAAGUCGCUCUGAAUAAGAGCGUCUGCUAAAUGACUAAAAUGUAAUUUGUGACUACGGAAAAACUGUUUGUUAAGUUCAUGUUGUAAGUAUAAAGACUAAUAGAAAUUGAGACAUUUUGGGCUCCAUCAGGCUAUUUAGACUAAUCUAGUAAGUAUUUAUUCCUUACACCUAUUUCAGUGUUUUGAACCUUGUCAGUGAAAUGGUCCCAUAGUUGUGCCUCCUUCCACCAUCUCGUCAUCAUCACAGUGAACUUGUUCUGCAUGACUCCUGAAUGCUUCCUCACCUGUGAUCUUGUGAUCGAUCGUGUGGUGCAGUUUGUGCUUUUGGGUUUGUUAUUUUCUGUUUUUACAUUGUUAUGAUACUAGGGGUCUUGAGAACUUUUCAAAAUGGUACCGUUAGAGCUGUAUGAAAUUAAGACUUAUUGCUCUUGAAUAUAAAAUGAUAUAGUGAAACCUGAAUGAGUGAGGAACGUGCUGUAUGUGAGUCUACGUGUGUGCCGUGUGUCCAGCCCCAGUCCAUGGCAGAGGUCCUGGCAAAGAAGGAGGAACUGGCUGACCGUCUGGAGAAGGCUAACGAGGAGGCUAUCGCCAGCGCCAUCGCUGAAGAGGAACAGCUGACCAGAGAGAUCCAGGCUGAGAACAACGACCUGGAGACUGACAACCAGAGUGACUUCUCUGUAAGACACAGACCCCACACACUCACAAUUUUCUUUGGUCAUAUGAAAAUAAAAAGGUGAAGUGGUAUGAUCUCUUUCCCCAGGUCUUGAGUUUUGCUGGCCUUGUAAUAUCCAUAUGAUUGCCACUGAUCGUGAACUGAUUAUCUCUCCCCCAGGCCAGCAUUGGCAGUGGAGGUGGAUUCAACAUGGAUUGGAGUGACAUGUUAGCCGACUAUGAUGGUAAAUCUGUUUAGUUGUAAUUUAUCUAUAAUGAAAUGGGUUGAGUGUUGAUGCUCUUGCUAAAGACACAGAUGUGGUCAAUGUCCAGACUCACCUCUCUCUGCAGCGCGGGAGCCGUGGCGUCAGAGCACCUCCUGGGGGGACAUCGUGGAGGAGGAGCCUUCCAGACCGCCUGGCCAUGGAAUCCACAUGCACGAGAAACUGUCCUCCCCAUCUCGCAAAAGGUGAGACGCGCACACACACUCUCAUGUCGCACUGACGUUUGUCAGAGAAAAGAUCUUGGUACAUGUCAAAAUUCACUCCUACUGUGCGUUGGACGAUUGGGGGAGAGGACAGGAUGGCAGGUGUAAGUUUAGUUUUUUCUGUCUUUGUUGGCAGAACCAUCGCAGAGUCUAAGAAGAAACAUGAAGAGAAGCAGCUGAAGGCCCAGCAGCUCCGAGAAAAACUGCGGGAUGAGAAGACCCACAAACUGCAGAAGCUACUGGAGAGGGUGAGUGGCCAUGCAACACAGAGCCAACGGGAAACACCACAGUCUUGCUUAGCCCAGCUCAGCCUGGCCACGAGGAGAGCUUCUGUCAGCACACUGCCAAAUAGAAUCACUAAAUAACAGAGGCCGGCUCUCAGUCUCUGUCCAGCUGGCCACAGACGCGUCUGGGAGAGACGUAGCCCAAACUCAAGUCUUUCAUGACGUUUGUUUUUGUUCUCCAGGCCCUCGUGAGAUGAGUGUGCCCUUCAAUAAUCUGGAGUAUUAACCACAUAAGUACAUGAAGUGGUAUAUAUUCACAUGAAUCCCUGUGGACAUCGUACCAGAGCGGGUAGCAGCAAAUGCUUUGAAUGCAAGACACCAUAAUAGUGUCUGCCUUGGUUAGAGAAAUGUACAUGAGUGAAAUGAGCUGACCCAAGCUGUCUGUCCCUCACUCUCUUUUUUCCCCCUCACAGGAGAAGGAGGUCAGGAAAUGGAAGGAGGAGUUGUUGGACCAGAGGCGGAGGAUGAUGGAGGAGAAGUUACUCCAUGCAGAGUUCAAGCGGGAGCUGCAGCUCCAGGCCAUAGUGAAGAAGGCUCAGGAGGAGGAUGCCAAGGUACAGGACUGGGACACUGCACACCUAGCUACAUGUCCAAGUAUUGAAUCAUUUUCCUAAUUAGAUGUUCCUUUUGAUAAUACUUUUUUGGACACUGAGAAUGUUCUUAAAACCAAAGAAAUAGGAUCACACAAAAAAGCAAUGGCAAACUAGACUAGAGGCAGACUUAAAACUAUUGUUAUAAUAAUCACCUUUUUUGUAGCUCACUGAGUCAGGCUUGUUGACCAGUCCCUUGUGUCUGUCUCUGUGCAGGUGAAUGAGAUAGCAUUCAUCAACACUCUGGAAGCCCAGAACAAGAGGCACGACGUGCUGGCCAAGCUGAACGAGUACGAGCAGCGCCUCAACGAGCUGCAGGAGGAGAGAGGCAGGAGACAGGAGGAGAAGCAGGCCAGAGACGAGGCUGUACAGGUAACAAUGGACAGCAGCAGCUCCCCCUCUCGCCCCCAGACCUCUCUGCCUUACCACAGUAUACAGUCUCACUGACUGGCUGUGGUUCCUGUCUGUCUCCCCAGGAGCGUAAGCGGGCUCUGGAGGCAGAACGGCAGGCGCGGGUGGAGGAGCUGCUUAUGAGGAGGAAGGAGCAGGAGGCACGAAUCGAGCAGCAGAAGCAGGAGAAAGAGAGGGCCAGGGAGGACGCUGCACGAGAGAGGGCCAGGUCUGUACCCCCUGGCUCAGUCGGAAUCACCCAUCUGUUUUGUACUGUCAAAUGAGGCCCUCAAUGUGCUUAGUCUGAAAUAGAUCCUCUCCUCACUGUUCCAGUCUGUUGUUCUCUCCACAGAGACCGAGAGGAGCGUCUGGCUGCCCUCAGCGCUGCUCAACAGGAGGCCAUGGAGGAACUGCAGAAGAAGAUUCAGAUGAAGGUUAGUGAGGCUGCUGCACAAUCUCACUCCUGCCUCUCAGUUAUAGAUCAGGGCCCGUAUCCACAUAGCAUCUCAGAUUGGUUUUUUAUAUUACCGUUAUAUCAACACACUUUGACAUCAAAUCACUUGCUGAUAAUGUUGCAUAAAAUGUUUGAAAAGGUCUAUCAUUUAUUUUCAUCCAACACAAUGGAAGUUAACAUGGGCCCUAGAUGCCUUUUAAUUGCCCAAUUUCUAGGCAUGCCCAGUUUAGGCAUAUUUUUUAACAACGUGUUAUUGCGCUCCAAAGGGAUAACUUGAAAUCACUUGAUGUAGGUUAAAAAUAUGUGAUUAUUUAUUAGCCUAUUUGGUUAUAAGUAUUUAGGCAUAUCAUUUGAAAUAGGGCUCAUGUGGAAUCAUUUUCAAAAGCAUGUAAGUCUAGAUUAUUUGUGGAUUGAUCAUAUAGAAAUAUCUAAACAUUCUUUCAACCUCUCCAAAGCAAUUGCAUGUGGCGCAGGAACCACUGACUACUUCUUCUAUAAUCAAGACACCUGCUGGUAAAAAAAAUGUAUGCACUCACUAACUGUAAGUCGCUCUGGAUAAGAGCGUCUGCUAAAUGACGUUAAAUGUAAAUGGUAACUCUUAACUGGUUAGGACACCUCAUGAGUUCUCCUAAAUAUCUGUCCACUAGGUUGGACUCUUAUGACUAAAGAAGCUUCAUGCAAAGCUUUUAUUUUUACCCUUAAGUAUAGGAAUAAAAUGUAUCUUCUAAGCACUUAGGACCAAUUUUCUACUCUGAGACACUUUGUGGAUACGGCCCCUGACUAAAGUUUACAUUUCAUUGUUGUAGACCAGACUAAAGUCCCUCUUAAUCUCAUGAUCUCUUGGUUGUUCUCCUUCCCAGCAUGAUGAGAGCAGUCGCAGGCACAUGGAGCAGAUUGAACAGAGGAAGGAGAAGGCAGCAGAACUCAGCAGUGGCAGACAUGCCAACACUGACUAUGCCCCCAAACUGACACCGUAUGAGCGCAAGAAACAGUGCUCCUUGUGCAAUGUUGUGGUAUGUACACAAAGUCCCAGUCUGAAAUGGUUUAUGAUGUUUUUUUAACAAGUUGUCUUUGUAUUGUUCUUCAUGUAGAUGAUGAUUGAUAUUUAGCCCACUUGUCCUUGGCAUAUUUCCUCUGACACUAGACAUGCCACUAGAUGCUAACAUUAGACAGAUGCUGACAUACUGAGUAGAGAAAGUGUAUACUAAAUGGUUAAUUGGCUUGAUUCACUCUCCAGUGAGAAGUUCACCCUUUACUUCCUUAACUUCAUUCCUUGCACUAAUUUGUGAGACUGAUUGGCUUACAUGCUUAACCUAAACUGAAGGGGAAAGUAACCGCAGCUUUGUGGCAGUAGAGCAGCUGUGGAGGUCCCCCUUGGCAGACUGGAUGCAUAAAAAUGCUGAUGAGAAGGUGAUUCAGAGGAUUUGGGAAGAGAAUGUAUUGAAAUGAGGAUUUAACUGCAUUGAUUAAACCUGAUCUCUGGGGUGGGGAUUUAUGACUGGGCAUGAUUUUCAAGUGACGGGCAACAAAUCCAUUGGCAGGCACAUUUAUCUGUGACGGACCAGGCCGGCUCUCACCGCAACAAGGUUGCGACACCUUGGAGCUCCAACUAGCAUCAGAUAAAGAGGAGUGUGUGGGGGGAAGGGGGAAUCUUGUUAAAAUGUCGAUGACCUUGGCUAGCAUCUGACACUAGAGAUCAUCUAUAGGCAAGCAGCCAGCACUCUAUUUAAUGACAUUAAACCGAGGCCAUCCGUAAUGGGCUUUGUUCUAGCCCUUGGUGGGAGGAAAACAACACAUCCACAUCAACCUAACCUCAUGCUGUUUCUGUCAAUUCUUCAUCUUCACACCACUUUUUCCUUGCUUCUGUCUGUGUAUAGUCCAGCCCAGUUUUGCCCACAGUUUGUGGUUUACUGUACCAGUGUUUUCAGUGUGUCGUUUUCCAGACAUGCCGCACUAAAUGGUCACUCUGUGUGUGAGGAGCAAGAACGACAGAAGGGACAUUGAUUCAUCAGUUGGUGUGAGGAUGAAUCAUUGACACAGACAAAAUAGUACAGGGAUAACAUAUUCUGCUUGAUUUAGAAAAGGCAUAGACCAUCACAGAGCCAAUCACAUUAAUGUUGUUAUAUAGGCUACAUUUGUUCACUGUAAAUGUUUGUGUUGAGAUGGAUCAUCCUGAGUGGAUCUGUCACCAACUGAUUUCAUACUGCAGUAACUAGUAUGGUCCAGCUGUGCUGUCAGAAAGGAGAAUGCCAUUAAAUACAGCCAUUAAGGCAUCUUCAGUUUAACAAUGCUCUCAUCUCAUAUCUGUCUGACACAUCACAUGCUGAUUGAAGAAACUACGUGACUACACUUGUCACCUUUGUUCUUAACCAUGUCAAUUCAUUCCACUAAAGGCUUGUUGACUGCAGUUAAGUUCCUGACACCUACUAAACAUUAGGUCUCACAAUUUAGUCAGAUGGAGGAGAAACAGUCUGUCAGAUCUUAUUGAAAACCAGUUGUAAUGUAUAGUUUCAGUCAGUAGCUAGGUUUCCAUCCAAUUGGCAACAGAUUUUAAUGCUAAUAUUCUAAAAUCCACAUUAAGAAAAUAUGCACAUUUUCCACCAGUGGUGUGUUUCCACCAAAUGGACUUGUUGCGGAUAAAAGUCAGUGCGUGAUGACGUAGUGCACACAGCAUUUCCUUUUUUGCUUAAGUUAUGUACCAAAUAAAAAUCUAAAGUUCAAUGUGUUUCCAUCGCAUUUUCAACUCUACCGAUAGUUUUGUCACAAAAACUGUUGGUUAAAUAGCAAAUGUGCCUCUGGUUUUGACAUGUGCGCUCUAGCCAACAGCUGGCAGAUACAGUGUGGGUAGGCUAGUCUACAUGAUUAGAUUAUUAUGGAUAAGAGCAAGAAUAUUUUUAUUUGUCAAACAGCAGUCAAGCCUCGAUCAUCAUGUCACCGGAAUAAGACCCUCGAUAUUUACCCAGUCAGAUAUAGUGUAGUGGCAAGAGGAAUUAUUUAGUCAAUACAUUUUUUGCUAUACCUUUUCCUUUCUGUGCCACCAAAUGUUUGCAUAUAGGCUACUGUUUGUUAGCUAGCUAGCUAAUGAGGUAACAUGACUGAAGAAGGUGUAGCCUAAACAAGGUGUCGCUGUAAAAAACAGAACCCUCGCUGAGCAUCUCGUGCUGCUAAUAUUCUGCUUAUCAUAGCCUAUCCAGUCCAAGCGCAAAUACAAGCCACAAAAAGGUGAGUCCAAGUCCGAGUCACCAAUGGUCAAAUCCAUGUCGAGUCACAAGUCAUGGGGACUAAAUUCGGACUCGAGUCCUGGACUCGUGUACUAGAACACUGGUUUAAGUGGCCUCCCAUUGGGGGGACCCUGUUGACCCCAUCUGCCUCUGUCUCCAUUGUGUCCUCAGCAGUGACUACUGACCUGUGUGUUUGUAGAUCACCACGGAGGUGCACCUGUACAGCCACACCAAGGGCAAGAGGCACCAGCAGGCUGUGAGAGACAGCAGCAGUAUCCAGGGACGGGAGCUCUCGGAUGAGGAAGUGGUGCGUACCCCUAAACACUUAUACAAAGUCUUACCUCAAAUAAAAAGAUCCACCAUCCCAACAAAAGAAUACCACUCAGAUAUUGUCUGUGAUAUUAACUCAAGGUUAUUUGUCGUUUAUGACAGGCUCAUUAUUAUUGUUUAUGAAUCACGUCAUAUAGUAGCUCUCUCACUGGUCUUUGUGAGAUUAUAAAUGGGCCCUGAAAUGUAAACAGUUAGGGUUCAGUGACUCAGUUGAGGCGUGAUCUCACCCCCAUGUCUACAGGCCAUUCUGUCACGGAGUGCUUUUCAUGGGAAGGCUGCUCGUUAAAGGAAGGGGGCUUCUCAGCCUGCUCUGCAAUAUGAGAUUGCCUUUUCAGCAUGCUGGUCUUUGUGAGGCUGACAACUGUUGGUGCUCUAUGCAUCACCUUUGGCCCUAGCAGCUCCUUCAUUCAAACCUGUUCUCACUGGCUGAUAAUUAAUCCCCCCACCUUCCACUCUAAAUCAUUUGCUUUCCAACUGCAGCCCAUUUCUCUGUUUGACAGUAUGAUAAACAAGGCAGUGGCAAAGAAGGCAUGCACAUCUUCAAUACAGUACUAUGGCCACAGCCAGUAUCAUACUGCCUCUUCAGACUGCCUUUAAACCAUGCAAUGAAGGCUAUGCUUUGCAAUAGCAGUGGUGGGUGGGGUAUGGCUUAGCUAAGGGUUCCAAACAAUUGCAAUGUAUGUACUAUGGAUCAGCAGCAUGGUGUUUUCUGUGUAAUAAUAGCUCUUUGUUAUAAUGGGAUGAGCAAAACUAUUUCUGUGUUUCUAUUUAUGGGUUAUUUAGCCCUGCUUUUGUUCCACAUUUUCAUUCAGCGUUCAAGGUUAAGCAAGCAGGAGAUAGAGAAAUGUCCUGGGAUUUUUGUUUAGAUAGACUACACUUGCCUGCCUUUAUUUUCAUGUCCUGCUCAUUUUGGUGUGCAGUAUUUCAUUCAUGCAACUGGCAACUAUUUUCCAGCCGCUGGUUCCAUAACUCUUGCUGGAAUGAAAGAUUUUUAAUUAAAAUUAAGAUGGUUGGCUGAACUGUACAGAGGUCACUACAUAGUUUUUUCAGUGAAGGCGGGCGGCAGAUGCCCCAAAGCUUCAUAUUUAGUCAUUUUCUCCCGUUUUUUGAAGGACUCACAAAUUAAAAUGAAGAUACAAUGAUUAUCAACAGGGCUAGAUUGAUGUGCAGAGAUAACGGCUGGGAUUGCAAUCACUCUCUUUACUUAAACGUAUUAAUUGUCAUCUGUCCUGUUUUAAUAUGAUAUACGCAAUGUCCAGGAUCCCUCGCAUUCGACAUGUUGGAUUUAUUUAUUGGUCACCCUUGACAUAGCAGCACAAAAACACCAGUGACCUCUCCAAGGGAAUACUCAUCCCUCCCUAGCCCCUCUCCUGCACCCUCAGCUGGGCCUCUGACAGUGGGACUGUGGGACUGGCCUGGGCCACCAGCAGGAUCACUAGGCUGUGAUGGACUCAGGCCUUUGGGUACGAGUUGACCUCCUGGAGCCAGCGCUAAAUUAGGUUCUUGUUGAUGCUCAGAGGACGUAGAGAACAAACAUUUUAUUUUGGUAUUCUUAUCAGUCUAAUCUUUCAUCUUCAUGUGUACUGUGUUGCUAGUGCUACUUGAAUGGCACAAAGCAUUCAGCUCCAUUCGAAAAAUAGUCCCGUGAACAGUUGCUUACAUGGUGUGUAACUGGAUUCAGUGUGCCAUCACAUUGUACCCAACAUGACGUACAGCUGUCUGUUUCACACCAAGUGGGAAAGCCAACUUCGUCUUGGACAAAAGAGGUGGUGGGGGAACAUAUCACUUAGAUUGUGCCGGUCUCUAAAGAGGCCUGUUUUCUGGGCGCUGUGGGUGUGUAAUGUUUAGAAAGAUCUCUGGUUACUCCCUCCAGAAUAGAGCACAAGAGAAGCCUUGUGUGGUAGGUAUUGUGAGGGAGCUCUGCCCUUAGGCCUGGCUCUGUGGCCCAUUGUCCUCCUGCUUCAGCCAGACACCUGUCUGUCACACUGCCUCAUCAGAUCACCUGACAAGAUACAGAAAAUCACUAUUAGUGUUAAGUUCACAUAGAAGCAUUAGGCAAUGACAUAAUCUUGAUAUCAAUUCAUGCUGUAGAUUAAUUCAUGUUUAAGCUCCCUUCAAACUGUCUUUGAUGUGAUUUUGAGAUUGGUCAUGUCUUUGAGGUGUUGCUGAAACAAUUCCGUUAAGUAAACGGCAGGAGCACUGGAGUGGAUAGGCUCUCAGAGAGAUGACUGAACAGCUGCCUCUCAACCAAGGCAGAGCCACGGUCAUGAUUGGAAAGGCUCAACUGCACAAUAUUGCACUACACAUGUCGGCACACUAAGUGCUUAUUUUGUAUCAAACUAAUUCAUUAAAGACAGGUGACAUGUAUUCAAGCAUCUUUUCAUAGUUCAAUUACACCUGUCUUUCGCCCUAAGAUGUGUUCAACUUCCAGUGAAAAAUAAUUUCCCAUCAGUAAAUACUCGUUAUUUUCCCCUUCAAUCCCUUUAAAAUGAUUGUACCAUUGAUUCAACUGCCUCCUCACAUUGUAUUCCUGUUAGGCCUAUAUCUCUACUGAUCUUAGAGUAGCUACUUUCUAAUCACCCUAAACCUCCCUCUGAUUGAUCAGGUUGGUCACAAAUCAAUAAGUCAAAACAAUAAAGGAAUAAGAAUUGAUUCUCAAUGCUGUUUAUGAUUGUUAUUAUGACUCAUGGAUUACUGAGCGCUUUAGCACAUGGUUAACUGUAGGUCUUCUCUAGCUCUAGUUGUGCUUAUGAUGACAACACCUGUCUUUCAAGGGUUUCAUCUGAAACCCCUAUUUAAGCAGCAGGUGCACUGCCAAAACUUGACAAAAAGGAAUGGCAUACCACACACAGCCUAGGCUGCUGGAUGGAAACGGUUAUCUUGUGGACCAUCCCAUCCUCUAGGGUACUGGAUGACAACAUAAUUGUGUAAUUGGUUUCUUGCACAUACAUCAUGUUUUUUUAAAUGGAAUUACCUCUCUGUCUCCUGGUGGAGAUGGCAGCUUGAUCUGAUCUGACAGGCCUGGUGUGGUGCACACUAGACUGGAAGCAACACCUCUUCCCCCUUCAGUAUUACCAUGGGCAUGUGGCUUCAAACGAACAGCAAGUGUUGCAGAUGCCCUGAUAAUGACAGGAUACAAUUGCUUUACCCAGAGGUAUAUAUGCCACACAAUGGACACACAUCUGCCAUUUCAAUGGAUAAGCUUCUACUUAUAGCAGAUUACCUGGGCUUAGAUUAAACUGUUUAUUUUCUAUUGCGAUAUGGACAUAAUUAGCUACAGGUAUAUUUUGAUAGAACAGGUGUUGUGUUCUCAGUUUAACUGCCUACAGCUCUCUGAAGAUCCUUGCUUUAGUUUGAUAGACUGUCCACCCAGUCUAUGAUAUCCUUGUGGUGAUAUGGGUGGGCUCACAAAGGGGACUGCAGACUAUAUUGCAAAGAUUUCUGGGUGUAGGUAGCAGGUGUACUCUCUCUCAGUAGCUGGAUGUUAUGUCUGCCUGAGGGAAUAUGGGACCCUAGAUAAUUGCUCCUGUCCCAAAAGGCACAAUUCAUUGUCACACCUUUGCAAUUUUCUGUUUAACCCUUUUUCUUCCUCUCACUCCUUGUGUGUCCAUCUCAAUUUCAGAAUGAGCUAAUGAGAUUUGUAAUUAAAUGUUUUCAUGUGUUUCAGGAGCAUCUUUCCUUAAAGAAGUACAUAGCGGACAUUGUGACGGACAGCACUGUCUCCUCGGAGAGUGUGAAGGACGGAGAGGAGAGGCAGAAGGCACGCAAGAAGGCAAAGAUGCUCCGCACACGAAUGAACUCCAGGUGAUGCAUCCAUCUGUCCCCUCUCUCUUUCUCUCUCUGUGACAGGGGACAAUGUUGCCUGCGGAGAGGCGCUUUAUGAGUGACAAGGAGAUGGAGAGCAGACAUUAUGUGCAUCACAGCUGUCCAAAGAAUAAUACUGAUGAGCUAAAUUUUAUGGCCACUUUCUGUGAUUGGGCAGGCAAACUUGGAAUCGAUCUAAGGGCCCUGGCUUUCACCUGUUAAGAGCUUUCCCCCUAAUUGCUGCCAUGGUGCUGCCAAAACUGAAGCCUCCUUCAGUGUACAAUAGUAUGUUAAAGUAUGUGUAAACCAUGCCUAUUUUUCUUUCUCCAGGCUAUUGAUUUUUAAAUGAAGUAUCAAAGAAAAUCAAUGGUAAUCAACAAAACGCGCCUCUGUGUCAGAUCCCAGGCAUGGGCUCAAUCAAUUUAGUAGCCUGUCACAACAAGGGAGGGAGGAUGGGGUUGGGGGGCAGGAGAGGGAUACGGCAGAGUAGAGAAAAAGUUGUGGGAUGAGCUAUUUGUCACUGAGGCAGGUUGGAGUGUGGUGGCCUGUUGAGUGCAGCACCUUAGAUGACAUGCGUGUCUGAGCCGUAUCGUUUAUUAUUUUGAGCCCACAGUCCUGUAUUAUUAUCAGGACACUCACACACCUUGUGAUGGAUCCAUGUUUGCUAUGAAGUCUAUUUUUGGCAGUGCUCGCUAACAUUUUAACUGAACACAGCCUGUCAAUAUAUGUUCAAGUUCCUCCUUAAAGAAAUACAAAUAAAUGCGACAGAAGUUAUCUACCAUUUUUAAAUAAUAGUUAUUUGCUUUCAGUGAAAUGUAUCAUUGAGUAUUGCUGCUGUUACUUCUCUUAUGGAAGGGUUUGGGGCUGAGAAAACGACAACAUAAUCUGCCUGUUCACUGUCACUCCCAGCCCUCUCUCCAGCCCCAGCCCCAGCCCCAACCCGAGCCCUGCUGAGAUUAGCACUCAAAGGCACAAGGCUUUCAGAGGUAGUAAAUAACACAAAGCCCCUGCUAGCAUAAAGGUGAGCAGCUCCACCGCUGGGUGGAAAUGAGCCGUUUUAUUGAAGCAUGGCAGGGUGUCUGUAAAAUGCAAGAGAAGUUUUCAUUGGAAUCCGGGGCAGGCUUGUACUCCCCAUCAUAAACUACUGAACACAGUUUAACCCAAAUGUUUGCGCUUUGGCUGUCUUUCUUUCGGUAAUAUAGGGCUGCUUUUCUUUAAGAAAAUAUGCUAUUGAAAAGGCAUAUAAGUAGCAUGUCAUUUUGUCAGGAUGCGUUCUGGACUUUAAAACAUGGAUUUGGAAGUGUGUACAUGCUCCUGUAGGGCAAGCCGUUUGGCUGAAGCCCGCUGUGUGUGUUUCCUUUGGCUGAAGCCCGCUGUGUGUGUUUCCUUUGGCUGGGAACAGAGUCAGUAGUGUGUGAGUGGAGCUCAGAAGGAGGUGGGCACACAAAGACACCCCUGUGUGCAACCUGGAGAGGUGAUCAUAGCCUUACUCAUUUCACCCAGUGGAUGAGCUGGAGGGGACCAUAUACACACACACACCAUGUUCCUGUGAGAUGAGGCCCAAGGGAAGCCACUAGAGAUUUCAUGCUCAUCAAGCCAACUUACUCCUAAUUAAAACAACCUGUCCGUUUGGGUGCACAGUGUAGAAGUCCACUCCGACGGUUUAGCUUCUUUGCCAUAAUGCACAGUAUAUACAGUAACACCGCAUCAAACAGUAUACACAUAACAAUAUACAACUGAAUUGGUUAUUUCUGCCUCUAAAGGUAGACAUUUUUAAAGCAUUGGCUCUCUGCAGUCAGUCAGGGCCAGUCCAGUUCAGAUGACUAAAGAAGCAGACCUUGAUUAAUUGAUUAUUAGUUCUGCAUUGUAGAUUUGUGCUUUUCCCCUUAUUGCUGAUUACUAAUAUUUAUAGCCGCAGCCCAUUUAGCCGGGCCUUCUGCGGCGCAUGAUGAAUGGCUCAGCAAUUGCUCCCCGUUUAACCUGGGCGGGUGUAAACCUGUCAGAGAGUAAUAUUGUAAUAUCAGAAUGACAAACGGGCCAGGUAUAGUUCAAUUUCUGGUGGAAGCGAGGCAGCAGCAUUUUAUUUACAAAUUCAGUCGUCUUGGAGGACAUGGUAAAUAAUGUGAUAGAAUGAUGGACCUCAGUCACCCCACUAGCCGUUUUGCUGGCCGUUUUACUCAGAGUACAUACAGCAUUUAAGCACCCUAACCUUGGCUUUGAAUAUUUCAGGGUAAUGCAAUUUUAUGGUCUUUUCUCACCAUAAACAAUAUUUAUUUUGUACAUGUACUAAUAGCAUUUCAUGUUAAGUUUGUGAAAGCAUUGUGAAAGCAUUGUGAAAGCAUUGUGAAAGCAUUGUGAAAAUGCAUACAUCCUCGGUUAAUCCUGUAAUCUUUGUGUGUGGGAAUGUACGUACGUAUUCACCUACAGUGGCAGUCUGCUCUGGAGACCUGUGUUUGUGAUCGAAUUACAUUCCAUUAAGCCCUCAAAAUGGAUCCCUCUACAAUAAAGUAUUCACACCCCUUUACUUUUUCCACAUUUUGUUGUUACAGCCUGAAUAAAACAUUUAUUAAAUUGAGAUUUUGUAUCACUGAUCUACACACAGUACCCCAUAAUGUCAAAGUGGAAUGAUGUUUUUCAAAUCUUUUACCAAUUAAUUAAAAAUGAAAAGCUGAAAUAUCUUCAGUCAAUAAGUAUUCAACCCCUUUGUUAUGGCAAGCCUAAAUAGGUUCAGGAGUAAUAAUGUGCUUAACAAAUCGCAUAAGUUGCAUGCAUUCAUUCUGUGUUCAAUAAUAGGGGUUAACAUGAUUUUUGAAUGACUACCCCACACAUACAAUUAUCUGUAAGGUCCCUCAAUUGAGUAGUGAAUUUCAAGCACAGAUUCAACCACAAAGACCAGGGAAGUUUUUCAAUGCCUUUGCAAAAUAGGGCACCGUUUGGUAGAUGUGUAAAAAUAAAUAAAGCAGAUUCUGAAUGUCCCUUUGAGCAUGGUGAAGUUAUUAAUUAGGCUUUGGAAGGUGUAUACAUACUCCCAGUCACUACAAAUAUACAGGUGUCCUUCCUAACACAGUUGCCGGAGAGGAAGGAAACUGCUCAGGGAUUUCACCAUGAGGUCGCUGGCGAUUUUAAAAACAGUUACAGAGUUUAAUGGUUAUGAUAUGAGAGAACUGAGGAUGGAUCAUCAACAUUGUAGUUACUCCACAAUGCUAACCUGAAUGACAGAGUGUAAAGAAGGAAGCCUGUACAGAAUAAAAAUAUUCCAAAACAUCCUGUUUGCAACAAGGCAUUUAGUAAUACUGCAAAAAAAAAAAUCUAAGAAAUGAACUUUUUGUCCUGAAUACAAAGUGUUAUGUUUGGGGAAAACACAACACAUCACUGAGUACCACACUUCAUAUUUUCAAGCAUGGUGGUGGAUGCAUCAUGUAAUGGGUAUGCUUGUCAUCACAAGGACUAGGGAGUUUUUUAGGAUAAAAAGAAACAGAAUAAAAGCUAGGCACAGGCAAAAUCCUAGAGGAAAACCUGGUUGACACUGGGAGACAAAUUCACCUAUCAGCAGGCCAAUAACCUAAAUCACAUGGCCAAAUCUACACUGGAGCUGCUUACCAAGAUGAUGGGAGCAUACAUUUCUGACGGUUUUUUGUCUUCGCUGGGACUACACAACCUUUUAUUUCUGGGUUUAAUUCUGAGCUGGAUUGACAUUGACAGUGUUUAUAAUCUCCUCUAUCUAGCUGAUGCUAAUGACUUUAGCCUUGUUCUGUCAGGAUAGGUCUGGUCCUCUGGGGAAGCUCCACCUGUCCUUUUCUGGGAUCUGUUAGUUCAUCAGCUGCUUCCUGACAGUAAGACCUGUCUGUGACUGGGAUCAAUAAUAGCGCUUAUCUGCUCUGGGAUGCUGUCUGACUGAUAGACAGAGAUGUUCUGUGUGCUACUAGUAGAGCCUGUCUUCUUUGCCAUGUCUGCUAGUCUAAUGCCACAGAGAAAACAGUCCUAAUAACCUCCAUAAUCUGUGGAUGCCACCGAUUCAAAACACUGAUGUCUUUGCUACCCAAGUUAAAGCAGACCAUUCAUAUUUCUUUAACAAUACAGUUGAACAGAGAAUGUGAAAUGCCAUUGUAAAGUGAUGAGGAGGGUGGAAUGUCAUUUAUGAAUGAAAAUAGUAGGUGGCAGCGAGGCACUAUGCCCCUGCAGAAUUAAUGCAUCAUUUAUUUUCAGCCAAGUUACUGGGGGGGGAAAGUUGACAGGCAAAAUAAACACGGUCUUAACCUGAACUUUUUUUGAUCCUUCAGACUUUUCAUCCUGCCCUGCCUUUUUUAAUGAAAGCUGGAGCACUCUUUUCCUCUUAUUCAAAGAGUUAUUCUGUUCCAUCUGUAGGGCAAAGGAGUAUGAGACGUCAAUGGAGGCAAAGACACAAGUCCCCGACUCCCCAUACAAGGCCAAGUAAAAGUUCCCAACUACACAUUUAUGCAUUCUACCUCUUCUACUUCACUGUAGUGAAUAGUGAUACAAUAAUAAUUAUGGAUGGAUGGAUGGAUGGAUGACAGGACUAAACCUCUCCCCCUCUCUUCCUCCCCAGGCUCCAGCGUCUGGUGAAGGACUUGUUCAAGCUACUCCAGGGCCAGGACAGUGGUCAGUGGGCCAACACCAGGGUGUCAGGCCUGGACAGAACCCUGGGAGAGAUCUCCCGCAUCCUGGAGAAACAG